AUGCUUUUUCUUUUUUCGCUGGCUGCGUUGUUCUCAACGACUUUUGGUGCUAACAUUGAUUACAAGCGAGGCAACUAUGGUGGUAAGAGUACUGCUAAAGGACCUGGUUGGAGUGACUGGGAGUCAACGACUUCGGUCCUGUCCUCAAGCUCUGGAUGCUCGAUGACUGCAGUCACUUGCACGGUCUCACAGCCAUGUCCGCCCUUUGCGACCUCGACCGUGACAAGUACGGUCGAGACGACAACCACUCUACCAGGGCAGCCCAUAACAAGUACAACGACUUACACAGAAACCGUCACUCAUACUAUGUCCACAUAUUGUACACCAAGCCCUACACCUACACCGUGCUGCAAUGGCACGAUCAAUUUCGACGCGCUUCUCGUCGCCAUAAAAGCGUACUUCGACACAACUUUCAUUGAAGAACUCAACGCGACUUUGGUCGAAUCGAUCUCGAAUACUUUCACCGAGGUAGCAGGCGUUGAAAUCGAUAAUUCAGUUCAUGAAGCAAUCAGCAAGGAGUUCGUUGCUAUCAGCACUACACUCUCCAAAUUCGAGGAGAAUAUUACUCAAAGCAUCAAUAUCUCGGUGGAUAAUAGUCUUCAGCGCUAUGUUGACAAUACACUCAUUACCACUAUAGACCAGUCCAUCGACAAGACCAUUACCGAGGCCUUCAACCAAGAUAUCCUGACCAAUAUCAACGAAACAUUCUUUGCAGCUCUCCAAAACUAUACCUACAACACCAAUAUUACGCUUGACGGAUCCUCAUUGCACUACUUAAACUCAUCGAUCUCGGACGUCAUGUACGGAUACAUGCACACCCAAUUCACGGAAACGGAUUCCUCGUUGAUGCAAGAUCUGCGACAAAGCCUCUCAUCUUACUCAUACGACGACAGCCCAUGGUAUGCCAUUACUAUUCUAACACUACUGGUCAUCUUCGCCAUCUUGACGCUAGCUGGGCUGCUUUGGCUGAUCUUUCGCGAUUCUAAGCCUCACAAUCAGAUGGGUCGCUGCCCAGAUUGUGGCGCGCCGCAGGAUCAGUGUGCCUGUGGGACGUAA